AUGCGUUCCUCUUCUCUUGCUGCUGCCGCCGGUGCCCUCGCUGUGCGAGGUAAGUACGAUGACUGGAAGUUCGGCAACAUGUUCAACCUCGGCCCCGCCAGCAACGCGAUCGCCAAGGCCACCUACACUCUGGUCCCUCCUCCUAUCCCCUGCGGAACUGUUGUCGCAGACAAGACUGCCCAGCCUUGGAUGUCGAUCUGGGUUGGCAUCUCCCAGUCCUUGAGCGACGACAGCACGGAUCUCUUCCAGCCCCUGCUGAACUGGGCGCCCAACAACGCUCAGGAGGGCUGCCCUGCGGCCAACGACGCCUGGUGUGUCGCUGCUAGCACCUUCACCGGAACUGAGCAGGUUGCCCAGAGCUACGUCGCCAUUCCCAACAAGUCCAACGUUGACUUCGAGCGUCAGUCCACCUUCCAGUGUCAGAUCCGCGCCAUAUUGAAGACUAAAAUGCCUGCAGUCACCUAUGAUGCCUCCAAGGGUGUGACCCAGAAGGUCUGGAUCAACGGUGCCCUCGUCUCCCAGCAGACCGACAAGGACAAGAACGGCAAGGCUCCUACCUGGAUUUACUCCAGCAACGAGUGCUACUCCGGCGCCUGCGGUACCCUUGGCGCCUACAGCUGGAGCAACCUUACUGUCACUCUCAGCGAGGCCGACUCUAACUUCGGAGACACCCUUCAGCUUACCGGCGGCUCCUCCAGCGGUAUCAAGACCACUGAUGGUGGCAAGACCUGGCACGCCGACUCCAUCAAGAUCAACGAGGACUACUUUUACACCGAUGGAUCCAAGAAGCAGUGCUAA